UUCAGAUGAUCAAAAUGAUGGUGAUCGUGGUGAUAAUUUUCACAGCGUGCUGGUUGCCAUUCAACAUACUAAUGGUAGCACUGGAGAAGAACAGACGUCUCGCUGAGUGGCCAGGAACUUCCUACUUGUGGUUCGCGUUCCACUGGCUCGCGAUGUCACAUUCCUGCUACAACCCAGUUAUUUAUUGCUGGAUGAACACUCGCUUCAGAGCGGGGUUCUGUACGGCUUUUGUUCGUGUGCCAUGUCUCAGAAGACUUGUUCCACUCACCGCGAGGCACCGCCACUGCAACACUUCAUCUGUGACAGGCAUGGGUCUUACGGGAAUGGAUCCAACUGAGUCGUCAGUGUUGCAUCGAGUCAAUACCUGCACCACAUAUGUGAGCACCCGCCGCAAAACCCAGCACCUUGCCAAUAACUGUGCAUCUCCUGCACUGUUAGGAUCAGUGUCCCGCAAGGGCUGUCAACCCACUGCUCACUAUAAUGGACAUCGCAGACUCUCCCGCCUGGACAGCUGCCAUGAGGAUCAGAUCUAACAGCCACAAAUCACAGCUCACUGCAAAAGGUAGUGCAGACUCUUCUGUCUGGGUAAUUGCACAGAGGAGCAGAAGUAACUACCGUGCAUAUCUUCCAUGAUAAAACUUUGCAGUUCUCAAGAGCUGUACAGCCACUGCUCACAAUAAUGGACUUCUCAGACUCUCCCAUCUGCACAGCUACCCAGAGAACCAGACACAACUGGCUAAUAUGUUGCAAUAUGAUUCAAAUUAGAGUGCAUUUCAGAAGACUCUUUUGAUACAUAAAAUUAAAUUUGAACAGUUAGUGACAUAGCAUUACCAUUAGAAAAGGGCCAUCCUUUAAACAUAUGUCAAGCACUGUGUUAAUAAGAAUAUGUAUUACAGAGUCAUGAGAACGAGUGUUAAGCCCAUCUGGUAAUAAUGGAGUUCUGUCCCACUGAUGGCAAAACAACACCUGUUACUGUACAGACAGAUCUAGAAGCAUAAGCUACAAUACCUGAAUAUUCCUUUCAGACUAUUAUGAAUUAGGUUUCGCAAUCAGUAGUGCAGAAUGUACACUGGAUUCUCCUCUGCACAUACCGAGGCAGUCUUAGUUAAAUCAAGAGAUAAUACUUGUGACAUUCUUUUGCAUAUGACUGCAGCAACUGCUAGUCAGUUUGGUCAUUCACAAGAAUUUUGUCAGGACAUAGGCUGUACGAAUUAAUUUGCCAGCAAUGAACCAGUAUAUUUCCUUUGAAAGUAGUGAUACCAUGGUGAAAUAUAUAUAUAUAUAUAUAUUUCUAUUUUGUACAUAAUCAUCAAAACACACUCCUAACACAGUUCACUGUGUGUUUCGAUGUGACCCACUAUUAUACUACUUGUUUAUGUCCAUCUGAAAUUGAUUAAGAAAUUUUAAACAAAUCCCUCCUAAUCAUUACAAAAACUUAAAUAUUCAUAAUAGCCUAUAUCUGAUGUGAAGUAACCAAACAAUGUUGACUUCUAACCCACGACAUUCCACAACCACUAUAUUAGCCAACGAGGAGACAUGAUAAAAGUGUCGAAGUAUGUCAGUCGAUUAAGAGCAUAUAAUCUCUAUGUAAACUUGCUUUACUACAUAGUUCAGUCACUAACCUGUGUUAACUGAAUACAGAUGGAAAUGACUAAAAAAUGGCCUAAACUUUGAUCACAAUCUGCUCCAAGACUUAUAUUUAAAACCAAAUGUUAUAUGUAUAAAGUCUGGUGUAAAUUAACGCAGUUAACUGAAGUACUUUGAGGUUACUGUGAUAGUGAGUAACAUAAUCAAUUCUGAGCGAUUCAUUAUAAAUACAUGAUCUUGUUACAUGACUCCCAUGUUAAUUUACAAUGAAAAUUGUGGAAGUUACCUACAAGGAAACUCAUAUAACCUACCAGGACAUUGAUAUUUGUGGCAGUUCAUUUGUAGAUAUUUCUCUUUUGACUAGAUCAAGACCACACAAUAUCUGCAAUAGCUGGCAGGCUAUUAUGUCACAUUAUAUAUUAUGGACUGAUGAUUAUACAGCUGUUAUAUUGGGCAGUUUACUUAAGAAAUUUCAUAAAAACAUAACUGAAACAUCAGAAGAAAUUAAUGUAUAAUGUAUAAUCUGAUAAUUUGGCUUUUAUAACAGCUUAAAUAUCAGUUAUACAUAAUAAGUGGAAUAUUACCUCACAGGGUGAAUAUUUCCAAUUCAAUCGUUUCUGGAAACCAGUGUAAGGGAUAUUUCAUGAAUAUAAACUGUUGAAGUGCCAGUUCAGCAUUAAUAUUGAACAUUAGGCACAUAAACUUGGAUAUUUGUGAACUUAAACAAUACAUUUUUAUCACCACAUGUCAAAUGAUGUUUUAAAACAAGUUAUCUGCACAAAUAAAGUACAUAGCUACAUACAAUUUUCCCAGUGAUUCUCAAGACAUUGUAUUACUUUAUGGGAACACGUCAUGGUUUACGUGCUUCUAAUUCAAAAGAAAUGUAUGGUGAUGAAUUUAAAGUCUGUUUUAUGUCUAUGAACUUUAUUGAAACUUUUAUGUGAGGGAGGCAUACAAGUUGAGCCACAAGUCAAUGUGUAUACCACACUUGUGUACAUCUGUGUUAAAUACUACAACUAAUCUUCAACACAUUGUGUCAUAACUAUGCUGUAGUAAUUAUAAGAAGAUAUAUUCUUAUUCUCUGAUAAUUUAAUGGUUUUAUUGGUGUCAUGUCAUAUGAGGAUUUGUGUGGUUUUUUCCCACCAUUAUGGAGACUGAAUAUGGAUUGGAGAAUAUUAAUUAAUUUAUAGCACAAAUAAUGUUUAUACACAAAAAUUGUCAAAUUAUUUUAGGAAGAAUGUAAUCUUUAAGGGCAUAUUUUAAAUAACACAUUGGAUGAUUUCAUUAUAUCAUACCAUUUUCAAUAUAUUUGUAUGUAAUAUUAUUUUAAUAUCUUGCUGAAAUACUGCUUAUAAAAUUCAAGUUGCAGUGUUUGAAGUGACGUUGAUUAAUACGUUUCAUUUAUUCAUAUUCACUUACAGCAUCUUUACAACUUCUGUAUUUACAGUGAAAUUACAUGUUUUAAUUUUCUGUAAAAGUUUGACCAAACAUUCUUGAUGAUGUGAUGACAUGUAAAGUGUAGCUUCAUUAGAUAAAGAAUAAUUGCAUCAGACAUACUGUGUAACUUUGAUUUGAAUAUUAUUCUCGUUUUUAUAAUGUUCUCAUUUCUGACUAAUAUAAGGAACUCAUAACUUACACAUGCAUCAGAAAGAAGGCAAACCAACACACAUGAAAACAGUUUAAUAUAUUAUUCACUUAAAAAAAAUAUAAUAAACAGAAAAGAAAUCAGUUCAAAAUAUGUAUAUUCUGCUUGGUUUAGAGAAUGCUUCAAUGAAUAUUUGUCAGAAAAGGUAGGAUUUUACUGAAAAAAAAUCCCAGCCUUCAUCAGAUUCUAAACCAAUCUGAUUAUAAUGUCAUAUACCAGAGAUAAACAAAAUUUCAAACUGGUGUAUCCCUUUCAUAACACAGGAAAUUUUAAAAAAUAUUUAAGGAUUAUGUGCAGAAGGGAAGCAUGUAAAAAUGUACUUAUGUAUUGAUAGGGUUAUUUAUUUUGUUUUUGUGUAUGAAAUAUUUUCUGUGUCUUCAUGAAUUUUACAUAUGCUGGUAUGAACAUUAAUUAUUUCUAUUUUAGAGGCAUUUUGUCAUUUUGUACUCAUAUGUUGACUUUGUAAGUUUUCAGAAAGCUACAAGAGGUUUGUUUCAAUCAUAAAGACAUAGCAGAACAGAGUCAUUUUCACAGGACUACUACACACCGAAGUAUAAAGAAAAGAAUGACUGAUUUCAAAGUUAUAUAUCUUAUUAUUAUACUGCAGCACUCCGUUGCAUUUUGUAUUAUAAUUUAGCACUCACACUUUUCACCGUCACUGUGCAAGUUCGUUUAUGCGUUAAAAUUCACACUUCAAAAAUAUUUGUCUCUUCCUAUUAUUCAAAAACUGCAUAUUAUGGCCAAACUGACCAUCAUCACGUGUGCACAUGUGAAAAGUGAGAGUGCUGAUUUAUAUAUCUUGUUUGUAGUAUGGAAAUGGUUAAUGUGGUCCAUAUAAUAAUAGUCAUCAAAAGUAAUUUCAAUUGAAAAACAGUAAAGAAGUAAAACAUGUUAAUAGUUUCACCUUGGGAGGUGCACAGUUAACAUUAUUUGCAAUCAUGAAUCCCACCAUGCUUGCUGUGCCAAAUCCACAUCCUGUCACUGAAAUAUCUUAAACUUGUAUAUUAAUUGUUCCAGUGUCUUGUAGUGUACUGCAUAUUUUUGGUGGAUGAAGAAUUAAAUAUAUUAUGAAUA